UUUGUUAUAUAUACAUAUAUAUAGGUAUAUUUAAUUUGUAGACUUGUAAUUUGCACGUAUGUUCUGGAGUUGAUUGCACUAAACUAGUAAAAAACGAUGAACGACUAUUCAGAGGAAACUAUGAAAGCUUAUUUCAUUGUUUUUCUGUUAUUUCUUAUCUUCAACAUCUUCAGUUUCACGAGUGCGAUCUAAGCCCACGAUCUAUUUGCGAAUUUUAAUUUACUCCAAGGUGCACAGGAAAACACCGUUGAACUGAUCAUAUUACUCUGCUAAUUCAACUCGUAGAAUACAUAUUUAUACAUAUUCAUAACGUCUACUGCCAAUUCGAAUUUAUGACAUGUCAAAUUAUAAAUUUAAAUGUGGCUUUAAAUUGGAUGUAUUGUUCUGGAAGUUGGUUAACAGCUAUUAUUUAAAUUAUAAUUAACGUAGAAUGUUCAGUUGGAAAAAUGAUUGCUAUGGAGGUAAUGGAACUGUUCACAUCAUUAGAAUCCAACAUUCCACAAGAAGUAGAAGUUGUAAAACACAAAUUUCAUGAUCAAUUUAAUAUUGUAAAAGAACCAUGGUUGUUAAAUGGAAUGUACGAUUAUUUUAUAUCAACGGGAUCACAACGAGCUAUAGAAGUAUUAGUGGCUGUUAGGGAACCACAUGACAAGUAUCUUUUUGAUCGACUUGUUGAUGGCAUACGAGGUACAAAUCGUCUUCAAGCACUUACAUUACUUGGUCACGUUGUAAAAAGACAACCAACAUGGUUGAUUAAAAUUAUAAACCAUGAUUUACUCAAAGAAUUAAUAAAACUUUUAAAGUCUGAAAAUGAAAUAAUUAUUAUAACUAGUGCUUUACUUGCUCUUAAUGUUCUUUUGACUGUUAUUCCUGCACUAAUUUCUUCAUCUCUACCUGAUAUUUUUGAAGGAUUUAGUCGUUUGGCAGCUUGGAAUACUUCACAAAAAAACAAAGUUUCAGAAAUACAUUUAUUCCAUCUUCAGAUAUCAUUAUACGUAUUAUUUGUUCAAUUAUAUAGUAUGUAUCCAUGUUCAUUUGUGAUUUAUUUAAACAAACAAUAUAGCAAACCUGAUAACCAUUUAGUUUUCACUCAUACAAUUAAACCUAUGGUAGAAACAAUGCGUAUGCAUCCAAGUUUAAUUGUGAGCAGUAAAGAUGUUGAAACAUCAGUUCAUAGGUGGAAAAAAAUGGAGCAACAUGAUGUCGUUAUGGAAUGUACAAGAUAUACUCUGUUAGAAAAUGGGGAUAGAAAUUAUCAAAAUCCUUCAACUUGGACAAAUGCGGGGUCGAAUUUUUCAUCAGCUCUUGAAGUUUUAAAAUCAAGUAUUGGGGCAACUGGAGAUAUUGUUAGUGUUAAUAGUAUCAGGGAUAAAGAAGUAUGGAGUCCAAUGUUAUAUUGUGGAGAAUUUCAUAAAGAUACUGUUAAAUCUAUGCCUACUACUCCAAACAUACAGAAUUUUUAUAAACCAUUAAUUUUCAAUCAUAAUGAACAUUCACCUCCAGAAGCAGCUGUAGAAGCUACACCAGAAACAACUCCAAUCAGGGAUGAUAUAUAUCAACAAUCGAGAUUGCCAUCUAUAAACUCUACUGUAGUCAGAGCAUUGAAUUCAUUUGGCAUAGACAAUUUAUCUAGACGUAGUUCAUCAACUCCAAAUUCUCAGCCUAAUUCACCAUUGAAAAAAGAAGGUUUUGUUUUUCCUUCUGAAGAUAUCCAAUCACAGUUUCUUGUUCGUAAAGUGGACAGAAUGAUAAUGGAACGUAAUCAGAUAACAGAUUCAAUUAAAGAUGAACCUAAUGUACGUUCUGAAUCAAAACCUAUUGCAGCUCAAACUCAACUAACAAAUAAUCCUGAAAUAAUACAAACUGGAGAUGAAGAGGAAUGUGAUCAACAGAGCAAUGGGUCACCAUGUCAAACUCAUGAGGGAGGAUUACAUAUGCCUGAUUCUGCGUCAUUAAAGGAAUUUGUAAUGAGUGUUCGAACACGAAAACGUUAUUAUAGUCAAUGUACUCCAGAGAAAACUAUAAAUGUUACUGGACAAAGUACUGAUAGUAGUCCUAAAAAAGGACCCGAGUUUUCACAACUUAGUGUUCGAAGAGCAUAUUCAUGUCCUGAAAUUAAAAAAACCAACGGGAGUAGUAUUUCUUCUGGAAAUUCACCAUUACAAGAAGAAACUGAGGAGAAUCAUUACAGAAGUGGUAUAAAUAUUAGCAAUGGUCAUGUUACUUCACUACCAAAAAAGAAAUCAAAAAAUGAUACUAAUAUAACUAAAGUUCAGACUGUUUCCACUCAAACAGAACAUAUUUUACCUUAUGAACAUUUGUUUUAUAAUAUAUUUCCUGCAUAUAAUAAUGAUCCACACAAUAGUACUAAUAAUCAAGAAGAUGAGUCAUUAAAUUUAAUUGAAAAAUAUGUCCGUACAUCAGCAAUAGUUCUUAAUCAUCGUCAUACAGCACAAUCUAGUAAUGAUGUCAAAUUAUUGCAAGACCAAAUUGCUUUGCUAACAUUACAAUUACAAUUUGAACGUAGCCGUAGAGAAGUUCAUGCUGAACGAAAUCGUAGACUUUUAGGUAAAUCAAGAAGUAGUCGAGCCAUUGAUGAACACAAUUCUGCUUUGAAAGAUCAAGUUUUAACAUUACAGGUUGAAAUUGAAGAUAAAACUUCAGGGUUUGAAAAAUCAAGGCAAGAUUCAUUAAAACAAAUUAAAGACCUUAAAGAGAGAGUAUUCCAUUGGCAAACUGAAUGUUUAAAAUAUCAAGAGGAAACUAAAGAAGCUAAAAAUAAAUGCCUAUCAUUAGAACAGCUUUAUAAUGGGGAGAGUUUAAAGACUGCCGAGGUUACCAAACAAUUAUCUGAGACUAAAGCAGAGCUGUUCAAUACUUUAAGUGAACUAAAUAUUGUACAAGCAACAGCUAACAUUAGUAAAGAACUAAAAAGUACAGUAAUAAAUUUGCAACGUGAACUUGUCAUGAGUGGUGAAAUGCAAUCCCAACAGCGUGAUGUUGUUUCUCAUAUAAAUGCUCUUAGAUAUGAUGCCAGCAAUGCUAUGUUGAGUCAAGAAUCAUACAAACAUAAUAUAAAAGAACUUCAAAAUAUGUUAGACCAUAAAUCUGCAUUGUUAGAAGCAUCAAACGCUCGUAUUGCUGACUUAGAGUUGAAAUUAAGUAAUAAGAAUGCUUGUAUUCAAAAUGAUAAACAUAAAAUAGAAUUGGUUAAAAAACAAUUUAACAAACAAUUAUCUGAAAUGAAAGAAGAAUGUAGAAUUUUGAAAGAAAUACAAUGCAAAUACAGAGAAGAUAAAGAAGAAGAAGAAUCUAAGAAAAAAUUUAUUGAAGAGCUUCCUAAGUUCAGCUCUGACUUGGUUAUGGUAGACUCAAAUACUUCAGUUAGUGAUCAAGAUGCAAACUUUAGGCUUAGUAUGAUGUUGGCGGAUAUUGAUAAUAGCCGUGGUGAAAUCUCCGUUAUACCUACAACUCCAAAGUAAACAUUAUGAUCUCAAUAGUACUGGAUACUUAACAUCAUUUAUAUAAAGAAUUUAAGUGUAUUGUGUACACAAAUAUUCAAUUAAACAAAGUUAACAUUUUUGUUG